AUGUCAAAUAAAGGACCAGAUUCUAAUCAAUGUUCUAUUAAGAUUGAAAAAUUGGAUCCAAUAAUAUAUCACUCUUCAAAAUUAUUAUUAUGUAGGUUGCAUAGAUUAAGCAAUGAAAUUUUAUGUUGUAAGAAAAACAUUAAAGAGUAUAAUGAAAGUACUAAAUUAAAUAAGAAAAACAUUAAAAAGUAUAAUGAAAGUAGUAAAUUAAAAGAAAAAGAGAUGGUAAAUAAGGAAAUAGAAAAAAAAUUGUGUACAAUGUUUUUAAUUUUAUAUAUUGUUAGUUUGUUUAUUGUAUAUUUAUAUUAUCGUCAAUGGAAUUAA